AUGGCGGCGCUGAGGUCAUGUGACUGCGCUGAUCUCAGCUCAGAUUGUGCAACGUUUCAGAGUGAAACUGACUGCGAGGCGUUGGAGUCGACGGAGCAGAGUUCAGCUGAUUUUAGUCCCGUUUCUGUUCUUACUGUGGAUCGACAGUUGGCUCAGUCGCAUAUGAUGCACUCCAGCUCAGAUAUGUUGUCUGUUAGCAGUAUGGGCCAACAUCUAGGAAAGAAGGAGUUCUCCACAGACAGUAAGGUGUCGUCACCUGAACCCACAGCGGCGCUGACGACGGCAGAGACGGCGGAUCCAGAACCCCAGGACGAAGUGUUCGGCCUGGCUGAGGCAGAUGCCAACCAGAACAAUGGCUGCAUCUCGGAGAAGCCGGCGGUGACUGACUCCACGGGCGCUGAGGGCCCCCGCCAACCCUGGACCCCCGCCAGUACAGCUGACCCCGCUGACGCCGCUACGCCACGCCCCCACCUGGCCCGCCUCUUCUCCCGAGAUGCCCCGGGCCGAGAGGACAACACCUUCAAAGAGCGACCCUCGGAAUCGGACGAGCUGCAGACCAUCCAGGAGCACAGCGGAGCGGCGUCAGAGUGCGGCUCCGACUCCCCCGAACAGGACCUAGACUAGGAUCGCUUACAACCCCCCCCUUCGCCUCGUU